UCCCAACCCUGCUUUUAAACACGAUAAGGCAUCGGAACCGUACACGUGUUGAGUUACAGCCUUCUUCCGUAAACCACAGGAGUCCUCCUGAUGAUAUUUGGCUUUCGGCAGUCGCUAGCACCACGCCAAAUCACGUUUUGCUUACAAUUAUUUUAUUUUCCUUCAAAAUUAUUUAUCUAUUGUCAGGGGAAUUUCCAAUUCGUCGUUUAUAUGUACGAAAAUCAUUUCAAUGGCAGGAGAAAAGUGAGUUGGGACAGAGCAUAGCAAAAACAGAAGGAAGCUCUCUCUCUCGAUUGCGAUCUCCUUAAUUCAAUAACAGUCCCACUCAAUCAUCUUCCUCCUCCCUUCUUCUUCUCCGGGCAAUUAGGGUUCUUUCCUCAUUCUUUGAUCUGGGUCCUGCUUGCUUUCUUCAGUAUUUCAAGGUAUCUCGCACUAGAUUUUCCAAUCAGUUCAACGCGUGCGUUUGAUUUCAGAAACUUGCAUCUACAGUUUUUGGGAUUUCUCUCCCCCACAAAGUCGCGAGCUUUUUUUCCUCCCCGCCCGCUUUCCCCUAGGAAGAUAGAAAAGCCAAACAACUUUUACGCUCAUCUACCCUUGAUGGGUAUCAUUCUUAAUAAUUGAACAAUGACCACCCCCUUUCUGCACUAAAUUCUGAAAUUCCCUAGUUGGUUGAGUUCUCGGUUGGGGUUUGUUUUGGUUUCUUCCCGUUUUUGGCCUUCAGUUUUGUGAUUGGUCUUGUCUGGCAACGCUUGGAUUCUUCUGUUUGUGGACGCUUUUGAUGGGUAUGUCUCGGUUCAUUGUAUUUCGCACUAUGGAGUUUCAGAAGUAUACUUUGUAAUGUUGCCUGGGUAACUUCGAAACUUGUGUUUGAUUGACGGGAAAACUGCUAAAAGUGUCGAGAAUUUUCUGGAUUUGAGACAAUCUUGAAGUUUUGUUUUACACUAGUUCUAUUCCCUUCGAAUAAAUCCAUUGAUCGUGCUCUUGUGCAUCAUCGAAAGCUGCUAGUUUUAGGAUUUUUUCCAGCCAUGUGGGGCAUUUGGCUUUGAUGUAAAAUGAUAAAAGGAAGGGGAACUCCACAAGGGUUUUAUUAAUCGUCCAUUGGUUUUUCGUUCGUGUUACUUUUGCAGUUGUUGAAUGCUUAUUUGCUUUGUUAACAGUUGGAAGGAAGCUUUGGGGCGCCUCUGAUUCCUCAACCCGUGAACUUCUGUUUCAGCUACAUGGCAGUGGCAUUUACAAAUCUCUCACAGUGGUUAUGGAGUGGGAAGUCUAGGGAGCCCAAAAUCUCCAAUGCGCCAUCUUUAAGGCAGGAUCCAGAUCUGUUGGAAUCCGAUUCUUUGAGAUUCCCAUUGGCCAAGGGACGAGGUAUGGCCUCCUCAUCUAGAAGAGUGAAGCGAAAAUGGAACAACCGGGAAGAAAGGAGAAUCGAUCGGGAGUAUGAUGUGGUCCUUGUGCCAUCCGAUGGUGGUUGUGUUUCUAGUUCAGAGUCUGAUGAUUCUGAUUACUCAAUUGGCUGGCUGGAGCCUCAUGGUCCUGGAUUUCAGAGUGAUGAAGACACUGAUAACAACUUUGCUGUUCUUGUCCCAUGUUAUGGUCAUGCUAAAGGCAAUGAGUUUCAGGACUCAAUGCAGACUACAAUUGGUGCAAUUGUCAACAUCCCUGAUGGAUUUUCUCAAGGUAGCAAUAAGUAUAUAGAACAAUGGCUCUCUUCACUGCGUGAUGUCUGACACUAGGUGCCUGCUUUUUGCUGCUGCUAUAUGCUGAAGAACUGCCACUCUGGUUAUCUCCAGUGCAAAAGUACAUGCCAGACAUGCAUAAUGUGUCAAAUACUACGAGAAGCUUAAGAAUAACUAGAAAAGUUAUGAAAAAAAAGAUAUCAUCUUGUUUCAAUCUCGUCAAUCGGCAUGACCCUACGACGAAUGAAGUAGUGGGAAGCUGUUGAACUUCUUUCAGUCUACUACUUCUAAUCUAAUAACAUGGUUGGAAGGGGGGGCACAUUCUGUAGCCUUUUUUCUUGUGUCAAUCUCGACUCAGAGAAAGGGACCAAUUAGUGUGUUGUAAGAUAAUUGGAAAUAACUGAAGGGAGGGAGGCGUGUGAGUAUGUUUUCUAGUCUGUCUAUGUCUGCUAUUCUUUUGUUGUAAAUAUGUUGGAAACUCUGUAAAUACUGAAAGGGGGCCGUCGUGCUUCAUCAUCGUGUAGCUACUAUGCAGACUAUUGCACGAUUUUAUGAGAAUAAUCUUUUAGCUUUAAACAAAGUGCUUUUGGCUUUGUUUCUUACAUAGGGGUGUCUCUCUUGGCUGUUUUGAACUUCAUAUUGGAUGGUCGCUUGAGCUCUGAGAGUCGCUUUCAUUCUGCUGGUGGUCUGUAUCCAACAUGUUCUCUUUCUAUAUGAUAAGAAUGAUUUGGAGGGUAGCAGUGACCCUUUCUCUUUCUAUUUGAUAAGAACGGUUGGUUUGCUUUACUUAUCUGAAUCUUUGGUCUGUGGUGGCUGGUGGCAGCAGAAUCACUUCAAAUGUAUGGAUAAAUUUGGUGGGUAGCAGUCCAUUUAUUCCUCUCUCCCUCAUGAUUGUUCUGGUUUGACACUAAUUAACUUUAUGGAAAGCAAUAAAUGCUGG